GCGACAUCGUCCCGUCGUCCGUACCAUACUGCAGGUACCCGGAAGUUGUGACAGACAGCGUGACCAACAGCACAACAACCACAACAAUGAGAGCUAUCGUCCAGAGAGUCACCAAGGCGAGUGUGACAGUGGGAGAUGAGCAGAUCAGUUCAAUAGGACGAGGACUGUGUGUCCUGCUAGGUAUAUCGGUGGAGGACACACAGAGGGAUGCUGACUACAUAGUGCGCAAGCUCCUGAACUUGCGGCUGUUUGAAGACGAGAAUGGGCGAGCGUGGACUAAAAGCGUCAUGGAUCGGGACUUCGAGGUGCUGUGCGUGAGCCAGUUCACGCUGCAGUGUAUCCUGAAGGGCAACAAGCCAGACUUCCACUCGGCCAUGCCUGCAGAGUUGGCCCAGCCCUUCUACGACAGCAUCCUGGAGAGCAUGAGGAGCACCUACAAGCCGGAGCACAUUAAGGAUGGGAAGUUUGGGGCCUACAUGCAGGUGCACAUCCAAAACGACGGCCCUGUCACCAUAGAAUUGACAUCACCGACUGGUCCCUUAGACCCCAAACAGUUGUCAAAGCAGGAGAAGCAGCAGCAGAGGAAGGAGAAGACACGCUCCAAGGGCCCUUCGGAGUCCGGCAGGGAGAAGGGUGCUGGACGUUCCCGUCCGGACCCCAACGCCAGUAGCGGGGCGGAUGGCGAUGUGUCUUCAGAGAGGGAGCCCUAGAUGUCGGAGUGGGGACGUGACCUGAGCCCCUUUUCUCAGGAAGGACGUUAUCCUCAGUGACUCUUAACACCUGAGCGUGGACCGUCCUGCUUCCUGUUUGAAAGUCAGCAGGAUUCUUUCAGACUGUCACAGAAUAUCUUCCUCGUGCUGGUGUCAUUGGCCUCUCUCCUGCAGAGUCUGUAGGAUGGGUAUAGGAGGUUGAACGCGAUUGAACAAAGCAGAUGUCAGCAGCACCGCACCGUGUGGCCCAGUAGCACCGUAUACUCUCUUUAUUUUCCCCACAGUCUUUCUUCACUUGUUUCCACCUCGAUAUGACUCUUUGAGAUUUCCCUGCCUGUUCCCACAUAUUCUCUGCCUGGAAACGCCCUCUAACCCUGAAGUGUAGCUCAGCUCCUUGACUUAUAGUGCAGACACAGAAAAAUCAGGACGGUGACGGCAGAGUCUCUUUUAAAAGAUAAUUAUACCUUUUAACUGUACAUUUUAAAGUAGAACUAAAACAGCUGAAUGGCAUGCCCUCUCCAGUGAGAAAAAACUACGAGCCAAGCUCAUAUGCUAGGUUAGCAACCAGAUAUCUGCUAGUGUUGUUGCUAGCGAUAGUCUUUAAGCUAAAAAACGAAUGUGUUAGUUCAGUUAACAUGGUGCCUACUCUUAGAUGCCACUAUGAGAAGAGAAAAUAGCCUUACACCUCGAACAACGUCACACAUUAGCUUUCUAGCUCAUCUCUCUUAGCGCACAUGUUUAUAUGAAUGUACAGAAUCUGUAGGGACAAAACCUUCUGGUUUGUGAGUGGGCUCGCAUGAAGUCUGCGCAGAGCUCUAAAGAGGCAGAACACAAGCUAGCUGCGUUUGUCAAGCAAACAGAAAGUUAAACAGAAACUGCUAAGUGAGUGUAAACCCGCAACUUGUGAUUGUCAUCUCUAAAGUUAAACAGUGAUCAGCACACAGCUCAGGCUCUCUUCAGGGUCCACUCGCUACGCCAGGGUCCAUGUCUUCUCCUUGUUGUGUUGCCCCAUCAGACCCGCUCCGAUGAAAUUAUUGCUUUAACCCCGGGGAUAGCUUUGCCAUGUUGCUCUCUUCAGCUGUAGCCGAUUUCUAGAUGAGGACUGAGAAGCUGCAGCUUAGUGACUAUGAGUCAGUUUGUUUACCUGCGCUUUACCUCUGUGGAGAAGGGGCCAGCUGUGCUUCAGCAUCAGUGAGCACCAGCAUCUGUGUGGCUGGAAGAUCUCCUAUUUAUUCAUGCUUUCAUUGUGACAUUGUCCAGCUGACGGGUCUGAAUGUACAUUUUGUUGUUCAUUUUAUAAAGAUACAGGUCAGAAAA